GCGACGACGAUGACGACGAUGACGACGAUGACGACGACGACGACGAGGAGGAGGUCGACGUCGACGGAACUGCGAGCGCUGGAUCUUUCCGACGCUUUCUCCAGCAGUUGCACCGUUUUCCCAGCGUAAACGUCCGACGAUCUUGCAGCAAGAGCAAAAGGGACUGCGAAUAAGACUUUCGCGCUCACACUCUGCGCCUUUGGAACGAGGAGAGGAGAAGAGAGGAGAAGAGAGGAGAGGAGAGCGAUGCGCUGCGUGGUCGCGGUGCGUCGCGUCGUCCGCGAGCGCGCGAGCGGUGUUUACAUUUGCAAGAGCCAUGAGACGUGAACCCGCGAAAUCGAGAUAUCGAUCGAGCUUCACAGAAAGCACGAUUUAAAAUCGCGCGUUUCCUUCAUUUCUCGCAUGCUCGGUAUUAGUUCACGGAAAUGUGAACCUAAAAGAGGCACCAAUCGGCUGACGAAGAUAAAAAUUCGUGCGUGCAUGCCGAUCUUUAUAUAUCUUGCAAAGAUGCAUGUCCGUGAAAUCGCGAGGGUGCGUCUCAGUUGAACUUUAGAUACGACAAAAUAAAAGAAAUCGCGUACCUCUUCUAAUAUUAAUAUUUUAAUUGAAUCUCGAUAAGAAUUUGACUUGACGUACCACCAUGAAAAAUAUUAAUAACAAUUUUCGAAAACAUCGAGGGAAAAUAAGCAUUUUGAGAGACGGAGUGCAUACUCGAGUUUAUCGAUCGAAGCAUCAAUGAGUUCGAUCUAUGAUAUACUGUAAUCGAGACAGAUCGAAGUUUUGCGCGAUGUUUGCACGCCACGAGGAAGCCUAAGUGUAUCACUAGCAGGGGAGAUCUAGAUCGAUACGUGAGGCUUCGCAAACGCAGUGUCGCGCAAAAUCGCAGAAAUGGACUGCUGCAAUUACAUUGAGGCUUACGCGGCAGGUGGUCAUUUUUAUCAGCAGCAGCAGCAGCAGCAGCAACAGCAGCAGCAGCAGCAGCAGCAGCAGCAGCAGCAACAACAACAACAACAGCAGCAGUACUUUUGUUACGACAAUGGUAGUGUAGCGUACCCUGGCUAUGAUGCCGCGCCAAUCUCCAACGCGAUGGACAUUAAUGCUCGAUACAACGGAGCGUUACCACCCACGUAUCCGACAGAUUAUGUGUAUAAUCCGAAGGAGGCGAGGCUACGGAAGGCGAUGCGCGAGCAAACUCGCGAGCUGUCACGACGGUCGAUCUUGCAAAGCGCGAUCGCAACCGCAAAUGCGCGCACAGCCGCGAUUGGUGGCGCUAAUUCCGUCGUUUCCGCAUCAAUGGCCGGCGACUUUCUAAAUCAACAUCAUCGUUUCGAUUGCACGCCGAUGCCCAUGGGUCCAAACAUGAGCCUUCAUCAGACGACCGAGCCCUGGUUCCAGGCCGCGCAUCGCCUGAAACCCGCACACUCGCCACGAAUCGGCGAUUGGUAUGGGAAUAUAUGCGGCGAUCCGAUCGAGAGGCUGCAAGCAAUGGGCGCGAUGCAACAACACCAGCACCAGCACCAGCACCAGCACCAGCAGCGGCAGCAACAACAAUGUAAUCUCGAGAAGCCUAUCAAGGAUCAAAGAAAUCAGACAUCGGAAUGCGCCACCGCGGCAUUUUCCUCCAACGGCUAUUCACCGGAUAUCCAGGCCGCGGAGAGAGAAAUUCGCAGACCAGAAUCCGCGGAAUACGCCGAUUUUGUCGACGGCCAGAAGUGGCAUCCUUAUCAAAACAGCGCUAGUCCUCAUCCACUUCCGAGAACGCCUCAUUCAUCACCGCAAAUGGGUAGCAUUCUUCACCCAGAUGUCCAGAAUGCAAACGCGCAUGGACAUGGUCCAUGGGGCCAAUUUUGUCACGGUAUUUUACCACAUGUUUCAAAUGUGGCCCGUAACGCGACGAUUCGAGGCCCGCGACAUGCAGUUUUCUUACGAGAUCGUACACCAACCAGACACUGUGCAUUCUUGGAGGAUGCAUCGCAAAUGAAUUAUUCGCCGAGAAAAUUGAACAUUGAUAGCAUUCGCGCGUCUUAUCCAUCGUCGGAGCAUCAGAUGCCAAGAUUGUUGGGAUCAGCCGUGGAUUCCGUCAUAGACUCGACGACGACGACGACGACGACGACGACAAUGACGACGACGAUAAAUCGACGCGAGGAAGAUGGUCGGACCAGAUGGGAGCCAAAUAAUAUUGGGAUGUCUCUGGACGAACUCGUGCCAACCUCUACGCCACAGGAAGGUACAAUUCCGCUUCCAGGGUGCCAUCAGGCCUUUGGGUCCACGGAGAUCGGCAAGUUCUCCAGGUCCGAGUUCUUCGUGAAUAUGGUAGGUGAGAGUGGCAGCGGCGGCGGUGUUACAUCGGAUGACGGCGACGGUAUCGAUGGCGGCGACGAUGGUGAUGUAAGUAGGGAACAUUCCGUCUCGGAAACAAUGGAAAAUACUGCUUUCGACACCGAGGAUAAUCGGGCCGCAUUCGCUGUCGGCGAUGACGCCCGCGUCGUCGGCACGCCCGUGCCGUCGUCGAUCGGCAGCGCGUACUGCGGACAACCAGCGACGCCGCGCUGGCACAGUCCACACGUAGGUGUUAUAGGUAGUGAAAUUUAAACGAGAUCGGCUGCGGUAUUGCGUACCGUACGUUUCUCCAUGUUAUCGCUAUUGAGAAAGAGAUCAAGAGAUCAAGAGAUAAUUAAUGUUUUUGGAAGCAAAAAUUUACUAUUUUUAGAUUAUAAUUGGACAAUGAAAGAG